AUGGAUUAUCUUGUCCGCUUCAGCCAGUUCCACGAGUCGUUCCGGCUGGCCGAGCUCAAGGCUCUGGCUGUUGUCGAAGGCAUCGAUCUCAAAAUUCUGGAAUACUCCGAUGAUCACCCCUUUUGCAUCAUCAAUGUCCCCUCGGCAGACGCAGCCCGCGCCCUCAUCCGCCGCGCCAUCCUCAUACAGUCCAUCCACGAGCUCUGGGGCUAUGCCCCGUCGGGCCUCUACGAGGACAUCCACGCCGACGUGCGCGCCCGUACCGAGCCCCUCUGGUCCUCCUACGCAACCUGCUCCUUCAAAUUCAUCAUCGACGCCUUCCAGCAUACGCGCACGAUGGAUGAGCGCGUCCAGCUCAUCAACUCAUUCUCCUACCUCGCUUUUCAGGGCCGCAUCGACAUGCGCGACCCGGACGAGACGUUCACCAUUUUCGAGGAUUGGCCGUUUCGUCCCGCCGGCGUCCGCCCGGAGCCGAACCCACGGCGUCUCUUCCUCGGCCGCUGGCUCGGCGGCGGCUCACGCGAGCUGUGCCGCACCUACGACCUCAAGAAGCGCGGCUACAUCAGCACGACGUCCAUGGACUCGGAGCUCGCCCUCGUGACGGCCAACAUGGCGCUCGCCGCCCCUGGCAAGAUCUUCUACGACCCCUUUGUCGGCACGGGGAGCUUCCCCGUCGCGGCGGCCCACUUUGGCGCGCUCGCCUUCGGCAGCGACAUUGACGGGCGGAGUUUCAGGGGCCAGGGCGGGCAGAGGAGCCUCAAGGGCAAUUUCGCGCAGUACGGGCUCGACAAGCUUGUCGGCGAGUUCUUCACGGCAGACCUGACGAAUACGCCGCUCGUCAGGCGGCGGUGGAUGGACGGCAUCGUGUGUGACCCGCCCUAUGGCGUGCGGGAGGGCCUCAAGGUACUUGGGUGUCGGGACCCGGAGAAGACGCCGAACGUCAUUGUUGCGGGUGAAAAGUACUGGAACUCACCCAGCUACAUUGCGCCGAAAAAGCCGUACAGCUUUCUAGCCAUGUUGGACGACAUUCUCGAGUUUGCCACCCAAAUGCUCGUGGACGAGGGCCGCCUGUCGUUCUGGAUGCCCACGGCCAACGACGAGGACCAGGAGCUCAGCGUACCGACGCACCCAUGUCUCGAGAUUGUGUCUGUCUGCGUCCAGCCGUUCAACCGAUGGUCUCGACGCCUCAUCACAUAUCGGCGCAUGCCGGACAGCCAGGUCGACCAGGAAAAGCUGGCAGUGCACAAACGUGCGAAACAUGAGGGCGUGACGGCAGAUGAACUGAACCCGUUCCGAGAGAGGUACUUCAAAGGGUUCAAAAAGGAAGAGGCAUGA